UGUGACUAACUGAGUGGUGAGGUAUUGUUUGGCAUUAAAGCCCUCUUUUCCCUCAGAAAGCUCAUGAACGCAGAUGUUGUUUCUCCUGCUGCGAUCUUCAAGGUCCGCUAACUUUACUUCUACUGCCGUUAGUGAUUUUGACAGUCAUUUCGAUGUGCGCUGUACCUUUUCUGUGCAUGGUUGCAUGGUCUGCCUGUAGUACACUGGUUUCUUCCCUGAGUGACAACAUGUCUGACUGUAGGGCAUCAACACGUUGCUCAAGGCAAGUAAGUCUCUCCUUGGAGAUGAACUCAGCCUUGGAAAAAGGUUUCUCCAGUGCAGCUUCUAUCAGGUUGCUGCGUGUUUGUUUUGCUUCCCUGCGGCAUGAGCUAACAAAGUUUCACUUCAGAAAGGUUUUGUAGAGCUGUUGCAACUUUAAACCACUGAUCCGGUUUUGAGAAUCACCAACAAUUACUCCGAUUGCAUUGGAAGGAGUCAGGGGGGUAAGGGGAGAUCUGGACACAGCUACAGCUCAGCAGCCACCUUUGAGCAAUCAAGAGCAACUGCUCUUUUAUGCAGGUAUCUGAGUGUGAUGUGUUGUGAGUGAAAACUAAAGAAAAGACAAACAAAGUCAGCCCGGCAGGUUCUGGCAGGGAUGAGUCCAGGUGAAGGAGAGAGAGAGACCAGAGCAACGCUUGAUUGGGGCUUUUAUGCUCAGGGCGCACCAGCAUCAGGUGCUCUGCAUCACGCAUCUUCUCCCUUGAUACCUUCAAGGACACAGUGAAGGAAUAAAUGGCAGAUCCACACUGGCAUCUCAGUAGUGAGGCUGUCACACUAUACCACCCGGAGAUAUGACGCGUUGAUGGCGCGUGACCCAGCCUCCUUCCCAUGAACUUUGGUCCUACAGUCUGUCAAAGUGACUUCUGCUUUUGUUUCCUCAACAGCCAGCAGAAGGAAGGGUGUGAACGCACUGCUUAAGGAUGUGGGGCGAAAAUAGAACCGUCUGUUUCUUACUGACUAUGAAGCUCGAUAUCUUUCCAGUGGUGUAUUGAUCCGUGGACAUGAUGGGGAAACUGACCGGGUUGUGUGUGCUGUUGUUGGUGCUGAACGUCGCUGUAACCGAGGAUACCGUAACUAUGGUCUACUUCACUGAUGGCGGAGAUCUAACGUUAAAAGUGAGGCCUACUUUUCCGGGACACAUCAACGACAUCCUGUGGAAGUUCAACGGUAAUCUGCUGGCCAAGUGGGUGGAAGAUUAUUUUCCUCUGGGUUAUUACCCCAGAAUUAAAGGACGAGCAAACCUCACCACAGAGACUGGACAGCUGAUCAUCAACAAGAUGAGCAAAGAGGACGAGGGUGUGUAUUCAGUGGAGAUCAACGACAGAGUCCAGAGUGAGAGAUAUCGAGCUAAAUUGAUCAAGAAGAUCCAGAAGCCCAAAGUAGUGGUGAGAAUAUGUACUGAAGGAUUUAGGUAUGCGAGUUGUAAGUUCUCCUGUGACUCAAACAUAACUGAGGCUGAACCCAUCACCUACAGCUGGAAGAAGGGAGAUGGAGAGUGGAAGGUGUCUGGGAAGGACAUCAACAUCACCAGAAAGUAUGACACAGGUGUGAAGACCUUCACCUGCAGGAUGGAGAACCCAGUCAGCCGGGAAGAAAGUGACCCGCUCUACAAGGAGCUUAAGCCAGACUACAGUGCUGCAAUUGGGGGAGUUUUAGGUGUUUUGCUCGUCUUAACUGUGGUUGCGCCUGUGGUUGGUUUGGUUGUGGCAUGGAUAAGGAAGACAGGCCCCUUCAAUAAAUGAAGCCUCAACAUCCCUGAUUCUACAAAUGGAAAUGUACAGCCAACUUCUCCUCCUAGUGACAGUUCACCUAAGACAGCUGAGACCAUACCACUUUAGGCUAACCCACAAGACACAAAGUCAGACGCCAAAGAAACUGCAUGAAGUUGAGUAGCUCAAAUAGUCCUCAGACUUCUAUUUCUGCAUACAUGACAUGUACAAACAUGUAAUUUUUUUGUGUAUUUUUUAGCAGUCAGCUGUGUGCUUCAUUGACUGUUACCUGCAGCAGAGGGAUUUUCAAAAGAACAAAGUUGUUUUUUAGAACAAAUUAAUUGUAUUUUUUAUUUUUUAUUUUUUUUUAAACAGCCACCUGUGUGUUUAUAUAUGUAUGUAUGUAUGUAUGUAUGUGGGUGUUUCUGCAACUAAAAUCACUUUUGACUCUCCUAAAUUAAAAAAAAAAACAAUCUCUAUGAAUUUUAACCAUCAGAGAAAACUAAACUUAUAUUAACAGAUAUAUGAUAUUCUCAGUGAGUCUUUGCAGUGU